AUGACCGGUUAUUUACCCGAAGAUUUGCUCAGAGAGAUUCUGUUGAGGCUACUGGUGAAGCACCUCGUUCGUUUCAGGUCGGUAAGCAAAUCCUGGUCCGCCUUACUAAAAAGUCGUGAUUUUACGACCACCCACCUCAACCGCUCUGCCAAUCACGGCUGUCACCUACUUGUUUACGGUCUAAGAGAUAAAAGCGAUUCGCUGAGCCUGAUAUCGGGCAAAGCACUCGAUGUGGCGGUCAAGAUAAAAACUCCGGAAAAAGGAAUGGUGAUGGGUUCUUGUAAUGGUUUAGUCUGUUUAUAUAAUGGCAAGAAGAAUAUUACGUUAUGGAAUCCUGCUACAAGAGAACACAAGAUUCUGCCUACACUUGGCAUCGACCCCAACUCCCCAAACACGUUGGGGAUCGACGACAUCGUAGGAUUUGGUUACCAUCUUAAUGAUUACAAGGUGGUGAGAAUUUUGUAUUUUGACGAUGAACCUUCAGAUAGUGCCCAAGUUGAGGUGUACUCGACGAGUACAGGUUGUUGGAGAGUAUUCGAUGCCAUUGUGCCGUGUGUUAUCAGGAAGCUUAACUCUUCGGUAAUCUUGAAAGGAGUGCCAUAUUGGAUUGGUUGUUACUUCACUAGUAAUAUUCGUUAUAGGGAAAGUGUCGUAUAUUUUGACAUGGGCAAGGAGGUGUUUCGGCAUGUGCACACGCCGUCAGCCGCGGAAGGUUCUUAUUGUACUUACGGCAAGAAGCUCGGGGUAUUGAAUGAAUCCCUGGCUAUAAUCUGCAAUCAUUGCACUACUGUGAGCAAUUUCGUUGACAUUUGGGUGAUGAUGAAAGAUGAUGAUGGGGUUGAUCACGAGCGUUGGAUCAAAGUGCAGAGGAUUGGACCCUUUCCAAGUUUUAGGAUGCUGCUGGGGUGUUGGAGAGAUGGCGUGCUCGUAUGGCAGAAUGAUAACGAUGAGUUGUUGGUUUAUGAUCCUAAUAUCAACGCAGUAAACAAACUUUCACCUUAUGGGGUGGUUCCCACGCUUUCCCGCGUUUUUACUUACAUGGAGAGCCUAGUUCCUCUGUGA